AUGCACUUACAACAGCAGUCAUCUUCUGCACUGGUAGUUAGAAAUAUUGAAAUCUCAGAGGUGUCGUCGAUGGGAGUUACCAUUGAGUCUUAUGAUACCAACAGUGUGCACAACUUCACUUUGGUCGAGAUCCACAACAUGACUGUUUUCAAUGUGGACGGUGACCUGAGGUCUGUGCUGAACAUCAACAAAGGAGCAAUCGUCUCUAUCAUGAACUCAACCUUCUUCAACACAAGCAACAUUGGAAAUGGGCCAGUGAUUGCUGCUGGCAAAAAGAAUGCACUUGUAGAGGUGUAUGACUCAGAGUUUUACAACAACACUUCGGUAGAAGGAGGAGUGAUGGUUACCGAAUCUGGCAGUACCAUAAAGUGUUACAGAUGCCAUUUUAAAAACAACUUUGCAGUUAAUAGUGGAAUAAUUAAGAUAGAGAGCGAUGGAAUAUUUGAGUUUUAUGAUUCAGAGUUUUAUGAUAACAUUGCUGCCACUUCUCCUAUCGCAACCAUAUUUUCUUCUCAAUUUGAGAGUGUGUUCAACAAUUGAACAUUCAGCAGAAAUCUAUCCCUCUUAAAAACUAAAAUAUUAUCAGAGGUUGUUCCAAAUGUAAUAAGAACACAAAACUUGAAAGAUUAUAUUGAACAAAACCACUACCUUCUUGACACCAAUUCUUUUCCAUCAUGAAUUAGAGUUCAAUUUGGAAGUCUAAAAAUGGAAAAUGGAGUGAGAAGUAUCGAUCAAAACACCUUGAUAAAAUCAGAAGUUGGGAUAGUUCGCAUUAAAAAUCUCAUAGUGGAGCAAACUUCCUCAGUUUCCAAUAUAAUAGCUGUAUCAGAAAGUGAACUUUAUGUAUCUAGCAUGACUCUCAAUCUCUUGACAUCAAGGGAAGAUAGUGCAGUGAUUUACGCUACCACUUCCAUAGCAACUUUUGAAAAUAUUACUUUUACUGAUUCUAAUAUUAGGUUACUUCGAUCAGUAUUAUGAACUAUUAAUAUCAAUGGUCUGAUCUCUAAGAACAUCACUGAAGAAACAAGAAAUAUAGUUGACAUUAUUCGUGCAAGAAAGGAAACAAAAAACCAAGAAAAUGCUAAAAUUUCCUCCUUCAUUAGUAAUGUUGAAAUCUCUAAUAUUACUAACAACCAAAGUGAGAUUAUUGAGAUUUAUCAAUCUGAGCUUGUUGAGUUUUCUAAUGUCAGAAUAUCGAAUUGACUCCAUAAUAUCGUGAGCAUCAAAGAGACAAAAAUUGACUUGAUGUCUGGAUGGAAUAUGACCAAUAAUGAGAGAAAUCUUAGGCUUUACAAUUCAGAUAUCAGUCAAUUUACUGACUCCAACUUCAUCAAUUGUGGAUCUCAAGAUGUAUUGGAAGGUGGUGCGAUCCUAAUAGAUAGCUCUAAAGUAUCCAUUUCUGGAGCAAUCUUCUCUAAUAAUAAUGCAAAGUCUGGAGGAGCAAUAAGCAUUUUAUGAUCCAUGGAUUAUCCUUGCCUGGUUACUCUCCAGAACAGCACUUUUACAGGAAAUGUUGCAUCUCUAAAAGGGGGUGCUAUUUAUUACAAUUGGAACAGACCAAUCAUGGAAAAUAUUUUAUGUGAAGAUAACUCAGCUUUUUAUGGACAGAACAUUGGCAGUUACCCAAUAAAAAUAGUUCAAAGAGGAACUAAAAAUAACAAAAUAUUGCUAAGAGAUGUAGGAACUGGAAUAGAGUAUGAUAAAAAUUUAGAGUUUGACCUAGUCGAUUAUGACAAGCAAGUUACAAACUUAGAAAACUCAGCCAUUAUCAAAAUAGCUCCCAUAGAGAAAAACUCAAGCAUUCGAGGCAAUGAUUUUGGAAGCGUCAGAAAUGGAUCAGCCAGUAUUGACAAAGUUAUUUUUCAAAGCUAUUUUGGAAAACAUACUGUGCCAUAUAGUUUAAUCUCCAAAGCUAUUGACUCUGAAAUUAUUGAGUCUGCCUUCACUGACACUCAAGAAGAAUAUGAUAACAUAAUAAAUGUGGAAUUCAGAUAUUGCAAACCUGGAGAGAUCCAAAGUACAGACAACCAGUGUCAACAGUGAUCUUAUGGAACUUACACUCUCAACUGGAAUGAGACAGAGUGUCACUCCUGAAUGGACCAUGCGACUUGAACUGGCAGAGAUGCGAUUGAGGUGGAUCAAGGAUACUGGAAGAAAUCUGUAAAUACUUCCAAUAUCAUCAAGUGAGUAAACCCUGAUGCUUGUGAUGGAGGAUAUGAUCCUCAGAGUGAACAUCCAGUGAAAUGCACCACAGGAUACAAAGGAUAUUUGUGUAGUAGUUGAGAUAUUUUAGAUGGUGUCAAAUAUGAGCCAGUUGGCAACUUCCAAUGCUCGAAAUGCCCGAAUGCAAUAGUCAAUACAAUUAGAGUUAUUGUAUUUUCUAUCUUGGUGAUGGUAUUCUUGGGAGCACUGACUUUCAUCAAUAUGAAAAAGAAGAAAGAUAACCAAAUGUCAAUUCUUUUGAGAAUAUUUACCAAUUAUCUGCAGUUGAUGUCGGCAGCAAUGGCAUACAACACAGGUAUCCCAGGAAGCUUCAAAGGCUUAUUCUCCCAAUUCAAUAAGAUCUCUCUCCAAACCAGCUUCAUUUCUUACGAUUGAUUCAUUGAAGAUAAUGAAAUCAGAUUCUUUGCUCCUUCAAGUUCGUUAUUCAAACUUUUUCUAUAUUUAUGUCUUCCUGUUGUCCUUGUUUUGGCAAUCUCAUGCUGAAUCGUAGUUACGAGAAUCAUCUUAAAAGUUAUCAGGCUAAAAACAAGUUUUGGGUUAUCUAGAGCCAUCAUUGUUUCAGCUAUAUGCAUUAUAUUUUUGUUGCAUCCUAAACUUACGAUGGAAGCACUAUCUGCUUUUAGAUGAACCCAAGUAGAUACAAACGAUUAUAGGAUGACCCUACACAUGGAGUAUAAAUGAUACUCAAAAGAACACAUUUCAUGGCUGGCAAUGUUAGGGAUUCCUAUUCUCACAGUUUAUGUAUUAGCACUACCCGUAGUUUCAUUUAUAAUACUAGCCAAACACAAGCAUAAACUCAGCGACUGGGGCUUCCAGAAGUACUUCUUCAUUCUUUACCAAGGUCUGAAGCCAGAAAGAUAUUACUGGGAGUUUGUCAAUACUCUCAGAAAAUUCGGAAUAUUGGCUAUUAACUCUCUUAUGAUUUCAGUAUCAAUAAACUAUAAGCUUCUUCUCUCAGUAGCGGUAAUGAUAGCUCUUUUGCGGAUUCAGAAUACUUUAAAGCCAUAUAAAAACACUGAGAAUAAUCAAAUCGAAUUAUUGGCAAUAAUGUCAGGCUCAAUAACUAUCUUCAGCUGUAUCAUAUUUUCUCAAAAUGAGGAGAGAUAUCCAGGCUUCCAUUUAAUGGCCACUAUCCUCAUAUUCAUGAUCAACUCUUAUUUCCUUGUCCAGUUUACUUAUUUAAUCAUAUGAGCUAUUGAUUCCAGUAAUGAGUACUAUAAAUGAAUUAUUAAAGUGUUAUCAAAACUCUUAUGAAAGAAAUAUACUGAGCCUAAUAAAGUUCCUGAGUCGUGAUUAUUGAGAGAUGAUGAUCAUAAUAUUAAAUCUCAGAUAAUUAUACGCAAAGCAAAAGGACAUAAGAAAUCAAAGAAAUUUUCCAAGAUAAAAUCCUCAAGAAGCAAAUUCAGAAAGGUGAAAAAGCUCCCGAUGAACAAGCCUGCAAGAGAAGCAGAUCAGCUUAAUGAUGGGCAAAUCGAGACCAACAGACUUACCACUAAUUUUGGAUUGAGAAAAAGCAAAAGAAUUUUUACCAAAAGAAGUAAGCAAGCAAGAAGAAUAAUCAGAAAAAAUCAUGCAUCAAGAAUUGAAAGUAGCAAUGGUAAGACUUGGUCCAAUCUAUGAAAUCACACAGUUAUACGGCUCUGAACUAUAAACAAAAGAUUUGCACGGAGAGAGUGAAGAUUUAUUUUACAUGUUCUAGCGGAUUGACCAUAUUAUUUCAUAUUUGUGCAUUUAUCCCAGUUGGGCUUUACAGCCUUUCUCCAUUAG